CAAUCUGCUGGAAUCAUCUGGUACCCCGUUUUCAUAACUUUUUUUAAAUCACAGAAGGACAAAAAUGAGACUGGCCAUCCUGUGCCUCUGUUUGGCUAGCACAGCUUAUGGUGCACCAUUUCAGUACUUGCCUCAUUUCACAGGUUCCAGGCAACAGGCACCAUCCUCACAGGCGCGAAAUCCCUUCACAGCUGGGUUCACUCAACCUGGAGCUCCUGGUGCUUACAGUGUGGAACUAAUUUAUCCCCAUAGAAUUAUUGGUGGUGUAGGUGGAUCCAACCCCUCACAGCCCUUUCCGUCAUCUUAUGGUUUCAUCAAGUACUCCAUCCCUCAGCCACCAGGCAGACAGAGUGUGGAAGUCUACUAUCCCUUUGACUUCUCCAGGCAAACGAUAGUGCCAAACAUCCCCCCCAUGACAAAUGGCCCAGUGCCAGACGUUCUCCCCUUUGAUUAUCCUCCUCAAAAUAUUCCCCAGCAAACCCUGAAUAUUCCAUCAUUUGGUGCCAACGCUCUACCGUCCCAGAUUCCCGUGCUGCCAGUUCUGCAGGACCAACCCACACAAGCAAGCCAGGUGCCAGCAAAGGAAUGAAGAUGAUACCCACAAUGGAAGAAAUGUUUGUUUCCAGAAGUGCUUCCUUAAGUUGAAAUAAGAUCCAGAUAUUUUCAUAUAAUAACCACUUUCUAAUUAUGAGAUAAGAACUAGUUAACUACAGUAUGACAGUGUCGUCUGCAUAGAAUGAAGAGAUAUUUCUGAAGAGGUGUUUGCUUCCCUUGAUCAUCUUCAUAGAUUAAUAAACACUUGUUUAUCACACUUGUCAUAGUACUUGUGAAUCUUAACAAUUAAUUAAUUCUAACUUUUCCUUA